AUGCGGGCGAGCUGCAACGGCUGCCGGGCGCUGCGCAAGGGCUGCGCCGACGACUGCACCAUCCGCCCCUGCCUGGCCUGGAUCCGGGGCGCCGACGCGCAGGCCAACGCCACCGUCUUCCUCGCCAAGUUCUACGGCCGCGCCGGGCUGCUCAACCUCCUCGCCGCCGGCACCGACCCCGCCCUCCGCCCGGCGCUCUUCCGCUCGCUGCUCUACGAGGCGUGCGGCCGGGUGGCCAACCCCGUCUACGGCGCCACCGGGCUCUUCACGACGGGCCAGUGGGAGGCGUGCCAGGACGCCGUCCAGGCCGUCUUCGAGGGCCGCCGCAUCCCCGUCCGCUCCGGGGCCGUCAGGCAUCCCGGCCUCGUGGCGGCGUACGACGUCCGCCGCCAUGUCCCCAGGCCCAAUGUCGUCCCUGCGCCUGCAAACGCCGCCGGCCCGCUCGCGCUCGGCGUCUCGCGCGCCAUGUUCAAGCGCGCGUCCUCCUCUUCGACGGCCAAAUCCAAGAGCCCCUCCGGCGCCGGGCGCGGCGAGCACGACGGUGACCUCGACCGCGUGCCCAGCCACGGCGAGUCGGCCGGCAGCCACGACCACGUCGAAGACGACGGCGUGGCAGUGGCAGUGGCAGCCAAGCAGGUGAGGGGAGAGUCCAGGGACGCCGAGGCUGAGGCGGCCUCGCACGUCAGCCAGGCAGAGCGGAACCCCCCAGUGCCGCAGCUGGCCCGGGAAGACGACGACGAAAUUGGACUGGAGCUGACGCUCGGAUUUGGGUCGUCAACGCGCGUGCUGAGGUCGCCGCCGGCGCGCUCCGACGCGGCCAGCAGCUCGAGCGCCGAGUGCGGCCACAUCGGCCUGCUGCUUGACCUGCCGGUGUGA